CCAGUCACGUGACAGCUGAUAAAAAUGGCCACCUUCGUGUUUUGAUUAAUAAUAAUUUUAUGUUUGUUUCAUUCUCCGUAGCAUUUGAAUAGAUAACACACAUUUUGUAGGAAACUCUGUCUUUCCCCUUUAAAUUUAUGACAAUCAAUACAAACUGCUAUUUGUUAGACUAUGCACAUUUGUGUAUAUUAAACGGAAAGCUAGCUAGUUGGCUGGCACAAUAGGUAAACUAAAGCUAGCUGAAAGUAAAGGAAAAACGAUGGAGUUGAGUGCCGACGAGAUCCGCAGGAGGAGACUGGCAAGACUGGCAGGAGGACAAACAUCCCAGCCCAGCACUCCCCUGACGUCCCCACAGAGAGAGACCCCCCCUGGGCCCCUUCCUGGGACCUCAGGGGCCACACCCCAGCCCUUUCCACCAGCUGCCUCACAUGCACUGGGACUCAAUGUCCAGAGUGUCACCUCUCUUAUGGGCGCCUCAGGUGUGGCGUACCGCAGUCAGAGCAGCGAGGGUGUGAGCUCCCUCUCCAGCUCUCCCUCUAACAGCCUGGAGACCCAGAGUCUGUCCAGAUCUCAGAGCAUGGACAUCGACACUGCCUCCUGUGAAAAGAGCAGCAUAUCCCAAGUGGAUGUGGACUCAGGGAUAGAGAACAUGGAGGUGGAGGACAAUGACCGCAGGGAGAGGAGGAACCUGGCUGAAAAGGAAUCCGCUGAAACCUCCGAUGUCUCUGAAGAGCAGGCUCUGCAGCUCAUCUGUAAGAUCCUGCGUGUCUCCUGGAAGGAGCAGGACAGAGAUGUCAUCUUUCUCCCCUCGCUUGCCGCAGAGUUCCACCAGAGCAGCCCCAAAGACGUCUACUCUGACUUCAAAGACCUGAUUGGCCAGAUCCUGAUGGAGGUUCUCAUGAUGUCCAGCAUGUCGCACAUCCACAAUCCCUUCGCCAGCCUGACUGCCACGUCCCAGCCUAUUGCCGCUGCCAAAUCUCCCGACCGCCACCUGACGCUGGUUCAGCCCUCUAGCCAGGGCGGCAGUCCCAUGGCCACCUGUGCAAGCUCAUUUGGGGCCAGCUCUCUGUCCAGCCUAUACGGGUAUAGUCCACACCCACUGGCUUUUAACCCAUCCAGGAUGACCUCUCCAUCUCUACCCACCUCCACACAUCCAAUGGUAGCCCCAAGUCCCCCUACCAUGGCCAACCCCUCUAGGCUCUCUCUCUCCGCCCCCCUGCCCGUCUCCCAGCGCUACCGGCCCUACUCUGUCACCCCUCCCUGCGGGCUCUUCACCCCCCCUUGCCCCACUCUGGCCAGCCUCCCUGGGUUUUCCUCCGUCCCUGGACCUGUCCCUGCAUGUUUCCCAGUACCGCCCAUCGCCCUGUCCCAGGCCCCAGCCCCAAGACUACCAACCACCCCCCAGUCGGUUCUCCUUCCCUCCUCCAGACCUCGCCCACCCAGCUCCAUGCCCCUCCCUCUGCUGCCCACCUCGCCCAGAGCAGCUGCCCGACAAGCUGCCCGGAUCCCGUCUAGUCUGGAUGUGUCUGCAGGGGGAAUUGACUCGCAAUCCUGCAGCGACUGCUUCUCCAUCGAGGCGUGCAUGGAGACUGAGAUGCUCAACUACCUCAUUGAGCGCUUCGACAGUGUCGGCAUGGAGGAAAGUAAGGCGCCCAAGAUUUGCAGCCACCCCAGUGUCAGUCAGCUCCUCAGCAACAUACGCUCACAGUGCAUUUCCCACGCCGCUCUUGUCCUUCAGGGUGCCCUCACGCAGCCCAGGAGCCCCCUGCAGCAGUCCCUGCUGGUGCCCUACAUGCUGUGCCGAAACCUGCCGUAUGGCUUUAUCCAGGAGCUGGCCCGCAUGACCCACCAGGAGGAGGUCUUCAGACAGAUCUUCGUUCCAAUCCUUCAAGGGCUUGGUCUGGCUGUGAAAGAAUGUUCCUUCGACAGUGACAACUUUAAAUUCCCCCUCAUGGCUUUAGCUGAGCUCUGUGAGAUAAAGUUUGGGAAGACUCACCCCAUGUGCAAUUUGAUGACAUCUCUGCCCCUGUGGUGUCCCAAGUCCCUGGGCCCGGGGAUGGGCCGAGAGGUUCAGAGACUGUCCUUCCUGGGAGCAUUCUUCAGCCUGUCGGUCUUUGCAGAGGAUGACACCAAAGUGGGUGACAAGUACUUCUCGGGCCCAGCCAUCACUAUGGAGAACACUCGUGUGGGUAGCCAAACCCUGCAGCACUACCUGGAGUCAGCCCGGGGUGACUUGUUUAAAAUUCUCCACAACAUCCUACUAAAUGGAGAGACAAGAGAGGUAGCGCUCAACUACAUGGCAGCUCUGGUCAACCGCAAUGUGAAGAAAGCCCAGAUGCAGACAGACGACAAGCUGGUGUCCACAGACGGCUUCAUGAUUAACUUCCUGUCGGUGCUGCAACAGCUGAGCAUGAAGAUCAAGCUGGAGAUGGUAGACCCGUACUACAUUUUCCACCCCCUCUGCCGCCUGCAGGUCAGCCGUGAGGAGACCCGGCUCAAGGCCACCAUGGAAGAGCUCAAGACCUGGCUGGCCGAGAUACAUGACCCCUCCAAGUUGUAUGAUCCCAAGUUCCCCACAGAGUGUUUCUUUCUGACGUUGCACACCCACCACCUGUCCAUCCUACCAGGCUGCCGACGCUACAUCCGCAGGCUGAGAGCCAUUCGCGAGCUCAACAGGACGGUGGAAGAGCUGAAGAGUAGUGAGAGCCAGUGGAAGGACUCUCCGCUGGCCAGCCGACACAGAGAGAUGCUAAAGAGAUGCAAAACCCAGCUCAAGAAACUGGUGCGCUCCAAAGCCUGUGCCGAUGCGGGUCUUCUGGACGAGAACCUGUUACGCAGAUGUCUGCAGUUUUACAGUAUGGUCAUUCAGCUCAUCCUACGCAUGGUGGAUCCUGCCUACCCACACAUAACUCUACCUCUGAAUCCCGAGAUCCCCAAAAGCUUUGCUGCUCUGCCAGAGUUUUACAUUGAAGAUGUGGCCGAGUUCCUGCUUUUUGUUGUGCAGUAUUCCCCUCAGGUCCUGUAUGAGCCCUGCAUCCAGAACAUUGUCACCUUCCUGGUGGUGUUCAUCUGCAGUCAGAACUACAUCCGGAACCCCUACCUGAUCGCCAAGCUGGUGGAGGUUCUGUUUGUCACCAACCCAGCUGUGCAGCCGCGCACCCAGCGCUUCUCUGAGAUGAUGGAGAACUACCAACUGUCCGUCAAACAUUUGGUCCCAGCCCUCAUGAAGUUCUACACUGACGUGGAGCACACCGGUGCCACCAGCGAGUUCUAUGACAAGUUCACCAUCCGCUACCACAUCAGCACCAUCUUCAAGAGCCUCUGGCAGAACAUGGGCCACCAUGGCACUUUCCUGGAAGAGUUCAACUCCGGGAAACAGUUUGUGCGUUACAUCAACAUGCUGAUCAACGACACCACCUUCCUGCUGGACGAGAGCCUGGAGUCCCUGAAGCGCAUCCAUGAGGUCCAGGAGGAGAUGAAGAACAAGGAGCAGUGGGAUCAGCUUCCCAGGGAGCAGCAGCAGAGCCGCCAGUCCCAGCUGACCCAGGAUGAGCGGGUGUCACGCUCCUACCUGGCCCUGGCUACAGAGACGGUCGACAUGUUCCACAUCCUCACCAAGCAGGUCCAGAAGCCCUUCCUCCGGCCCGAGUUGGGGCCUCGUCUGGCGGCCAUGCUGAACUUUAACCUCCAGCAGCUAUGCGGGCCCAAGUGCCGGGACCUGAAGGUGGAGAACCCAGAGAAGUACGGUUUUGAGCCCAAGAAGCUCCUAGACCAGCUUACUGACAUUUACCUGCAACUUGACUGUGCCCGGUUCGCCAAGGCCAUCGCCGACGACCAGCGGUCAUACAGCCGAGAGCUCUUUGAGGAAGUGAUUUCCAAGAUGAAGAAAGCCGGCAUCAAGUCCACCAUCACCAUUGAAAAAUUCAAGCUGCUAUCGGAGAAGGUGGAGGAGAUAGUCGCCAGGAACUCGCAGUCCGAAAUGGACUACAGUGACGCACCUGACGAGUUUAAAGACCCUCUGAUGGACACAUUAAUGACUGACCCUGUGAUACUGCCCUCUGGGAACAUCAUGGACCGAGCCAUCAUCCUCCGCCACCUUCUCAACUCCCCCACUGACCCCUUUAACAGACAGCCUCUCAACGAAAGCAUGCUGGAGUCACUCCCUGAACUGAAGGAGAGGAUCCAGGCAUGGAUGAGAGAGAAGCAAGGCCAGGGACGUUUCCUCUAGUGACACCCCCAACUCCGGGGGUAAAGGAUCACCACGACUGAAUUCAAUGCCAUCAACACAAAAUAUUCAAAAAGAAACCUGUGAUUUUUCUCCCUUUAUUUUCUCAGAUCGUCAUCUAAAGGCCAUUGGCUCUAAAAAUGAAACAUAAUAAAAUUAUGACUUUAAAAAAAGAA